UUUCAUAUAAUUUUGAUUAUCAUAAAUUUGUUUUUUAAUUUUAUAUUAAACCUAUUGCGUGUAAUUGUAUACUAUGCAUAAUUAACUAGAAAAAUGUUUAUGUGAACAUAUCAUUUAUAUAUAAUAUAUUAUGCAAUAAGUAGCCAUGAGUCAUACAGAACCAACAAAAGAAAAUGAAUUACCAUUUUUUGCAAGUGGUAUAGUUGUUAAAGGAUUUGGGCGAGGAUCAAAGGAUUUGGGUAUUCCUACUGCUAAUUUUAGUCGUGAUGUAAUACAAGAGUUACCCAAAAAUAUAAGCACUGGAGUAUAUUAUGGAUGGGCACAAGUUGAAAAAUCACCAGUUUACAUGAUGGUUAUGAGUAUUGGUUGGAAUCCGUUUUAUAACAAUAUAGAAAAGUCCAUGGAAAUCCAUAUUCUUAAACAAUUUGAUGAAGAUUUUUAUGGAUCAAAUUUAAAAGUUAAGGUUGUUGGUUUUAUUCGACCAGAAUUAAAUUUCAAUUCCGUUGAUGAACUAGUCAAUACUAUUCAUUCCGACAUUGAAUAUGCUAAACAAAAUUUAGAUGAAAAUGAAAAAAUGGAUGAAUACUUUGUUUUAUAACUAAAAAUUAUAAGGAAAUUAAAAUUAAAAUUUAUUAUUCCAUUUUAUGAAUAUAAGUAUAUGACAAAAUA